GUUGACAUGACGUGGGGGAAGGUAAGCGAGUCGCGUCUGCCACUGGUGACAAGCUACCCGCGACAAAGGAACCUUGGGAACUAUGUAUGGCUCGGCUUGCGGAACUGAAGUCGGGCUUGAAUUUUGUAACUUGGAUUGACGUACAAACUAAGCCCUGCAAUUUACUAGGAUGAUUGCCUGGGUUUACGCCUGGGUAUUCCUCUACAAUGGCGCGACUGAAUGCGACCAGCUCGCCUGUCCCCGUCGCAAGCAACGAAAAUCAAGAUGAAGAGGAAGUUGGGGAAGACGAGGGCCAAGGCAAAUUCUCGUUACUGCUUCGUGAACAACUCCAUGCCGAACAAGACCUAGAAGAAGAGGGCGAAGAAGAGGGCGAAGAAGAGGGCGAAGAAGAGGGCGAAGAAGAGGGCGAAGAAGAGGGCGAAGAAGAGGGCGAAGAAGAGGGCGAAGAAGAGGGCGAAGAAGAGGGCGAAGAAGAGGGCGAAGAAGAGGGCGAAGAAGAGGGCGAAGAAGAGGGCGAAGAAGAGGGCGAAGAAGAGGGCGAAGAAGAGGGCGAAGAAGAGGGCGAAGAAGAGGGCGAAGAAGAGGGCGAAGAAGAGGACGAGGAUGUCAGCGACCACGUUCUUAAUGUGUUAAACAACGCCACAAGCACACCUCGCACCUCAAAUCGAGCUUUACAAGACGACGAGCCACAACAGAACCCGCCAUUUUCUAUACGGAAGCGAGUUACUGGGUUAUCCAGUGAUGGCAUGCGACUUCUGGGCAGCAGACUAAACGACAACGAUAUCACUGAAGACACAAGCCCCACAGAGGCGAGAGACGACACCAUGCAACUACGCUCCACUUCAACCUCAGCUAGCAAAGCCCCCAAGAAGCUUAGUCGCCCGUCGGUGCUGCACCAUCCUCUCAACAUAUAUAAACCGUCGCCACAGGGCUCUGGGAAACCAGAUGUCUACGACCUGAAUGCAUCACCAGAGAAGGCGGCGACAACGCCCACAAGAACUCGGUCGAAACAAGGGCAGGACGUGAAGCGCAAGAGGAACAAUCAUGCCGCAACGAAGAAGCCGUCUCCUAAAGAAAUAAAGACAGAAGUUCCAUCCAGAGUCACUAGGAGUCGAGGUUCCGGUGAGGUUGUCGAGCCUAUUGAUUAUUCGAAAAAGGUUGAAGACAUGGUCAAGCGAAAGCGGAGAAGUGACUUGGUUGAUGACGAGCCGGCACCGAAGGAGAGUCGCAAGAGGAAUAAAAAGGUUGUAGAAGAUGAGGUCGAUGAAUCAGAGGAUGGAGACAGACCCAGCACUCCGGGCAGGCAGAAUCUCACCGAGGAGGAUAUCCCAGCCGAAGAAGCUACGAGUCCUCAAACAUUACAGAAACCCCACGUCGAAGACGAGUUGCCAGAAGCCACACCUAACGCCUCGGACAAAGGAUCACAAUCCGGUGCCGCCUCGGGGCCGUCCGAUGCAACCGCCAAGAGAACAAAUAAAGGCAAAAACGCAACCAGCGAGGACAAAGAAGACCCAGACGAUCAAGAAUACGAAGGCAAUGGUAGCGGUGUCGAAGAUGGCGGGAGCGAAGAGGAACUUGAACCUAAGACCGAAGGAAUAUCGCCUAUCAGCACUGAAAAUCCCAGGAGGAAGCAUAAAGGCGAACGACAAGUCUUUAUAAAGUCCCCUUAUUUCGGAGAUGACUUUAUAGCCGCUAGCAAAAUCGAAAAGGUCAUAGAGUUAGUUGACAAACUUGGGAUGACUGAAGCAAAAGAUGUACAAAACGAUCCAGAACCCCUGAUGAAGGCCCGCACUGCUCCCGGUAUGGAGAUACAGGUCUUAACGAGGGACAUAAUCUCUUCAUAUCAGUCUAUCCAGGGGCUCGACGAACAUGAAGACCCCGAUCCUGCUGCUCGAACCGAGGCGCUCUGUUCAGCUGCCAGAGACCUUGACAGGUUAGAAGUCACUGUGCGGAGGAUUAUAGACAAGAGACUUUGCGACCCCGCCAAAGUUGCUGCUCGUUACGGAGAUAAAGGCGAGUCGUGGCGCGAAAGGAUGCUGAGAGAUUUGUUCCUGUUCGUCAUGCCAGACAUCAUCAGAGCAGCAUCUGCAGCCAUAGUCACAUAUGGCUCCGAUGGGCCUCCAAGCACCUUUGAUUUAAAGGAGAUAUUACGAUACGUAUCACUAGUGUCGAGGCUGCUAUUGAUAGUCGAGGAUCCGCAUAACAAAAACCUUCGCCCAAGAGCAGUUCAUAACGCCGCCCUUCCAAUCCGAAGGCCAUACAUGAGCAUCAAGCCCCUCCUACUAGGCUUCGAGAUGCAAUGCAAACAAGAGUUACAUCAUCGAGAAGAUGUGGCCGAAGCGAAGCGACAGGCUCCCAUACUGGAGAGGGAGCGGAAGGAACGGGAGGAGGCAGAGCGGUUCGCGGAGGAAGAGGCUCGGAUAGAGCACCAGAGGCGACAGUUAGGGAUCAAUGAUGCAUACAACCGGGAGAGGAUGAAACUCGGGCUACACCCGGUACCGUUGGCAGGCACCCAGGUGUCUCAGAACCCCCAGGCAUCCGAACCGCCACAGCCGUCUCAACCCCAGCAGACGGAAGAGCUUAAUAUUACCGCGCACCGCAUACGCGCAGAGGAGGAAGUGAGCGCGUUGGCGAAGGAAGUGGAGGCGCUGACCAAGAAGCUUGAGACGGCCGAGAGACGUGCUACGAAGCUGAGGCGUGAGGAGCAGCGCCAGCUCAGGGGGUACGAUGCAGAUGACGCGCAUGAGGUUGACUACGAGAGGGUGGAGAUGUUCCCUGCUGGCAAUAAUCACGCUCCUGUCGCCGAACCUUGGACUAAGACCGAGUACGAGGUGCUGGCGGAUGGGCUCAGAUUGGAGACAGGGCCUGAUAAAUACCCGAACAUUGCGAGGAGAUUGGAUAGGAGCCUGGACGAGAUUUUCGACAAGGCAAUAGAGGUUAAGAGGGUCAUGAUCGAGGGUCUCUAUAUGGCGAAAGGGGUACCAGUCCCACCGUGGAUUGAAAUCAUUGGCGACGAGAUGUUACCUAGGGGAAGAGAGUGAGACCAGCGCGAUGGCGGGGUGUGCAUCAGAGUGGCUCUUACACUGUCCAGAUACCCUAUUUCGCGAAGCCAUGAUAUUAUUUGCCCGGACACGUUCGUGGCACUGUGCAUUCCACGUUGUCUUCCACCACAGCCAUGUGACGACGACCAAUCUUGCCGUGCUAUCCAAACUGAACCGCGUGCAUCGUGCAUACGAUACCCGUGACGACGUGCAUGCGUGAAGAUUUUCUAGUCUGCAUUUUUAGUUUUUUCUGGCAGGCUUCCGAAACGAGCUGCUGAGCUGGCAUGUUGUUAGCGGCCUAACGGUGACGCUGGAUGCGGUUGACGUGUUUGUUGUCGACGCGCAGAACCCUUUUUUCGUUUUUGGGGGUCCAGUCAGACUGCCAGGGCGGUUGUGGAAAGUGGGGGUUUCUUCGGGAGGUCCUGGACGGACGGUCAGAUCCACACCGCCGCAGAUGGUCGAGCGGCUUGGGCCCAUCAUCAAGGGCACGGUGUGUAAAUCACUAUAGGUCGGAGCAAAUAAUUGCGAUGGCUGGCCCUGGGUAAAUAAGAUGCUCGUUAUUAUGACGAGUCCAUACAACGGAAAGGCCGGGGAUAUCGCGUCGGUGUCGCGUCGGUAUCUUUUGAAGCUACUACUCCGUAUUAGAGCGACUAUUUCGACUAUAUUGAAUAUAGUGACAAUAAGAGCGGGUAGGAGAGUAAUAGCGUGUUUACUGGAAAUGAUCUGUGACUAUUUUGCACUGUUUGGGUGUGAUUUGGGGUGAUUCGGCAUGGUUUUGGCAAUAAUUUGACAACCACAAUAACGCCUCUAACCUCAUGCACCCCUGCCACCGAACCGGCGGCGACUUCCAUUCGCCUAAUUAGGCUUUGAAGCUCUCCCCUGACCGGACGGCUGUGGGACGGAUGCCCACCACUGUCUUCUCAACCUCCCUC